AUGCAUUUAGUCACAUCUCUCGCGGCCCUCGCGGCCCUUGCCCCAGCCAUCGUCACGGCAACUCUGGACCCUGCGUCCUCAAACACAAAAGGCUACAAACCCAAUAGCCUGAAUUGCGAGGCCGCGAAAGUAUCAACCGCGAUCCAAGCCGCCGAGUGCAGCCACAACACACGCACCUCAGAGACGCAGACCUUCGCUGUCUUUGAGACAGACCACCAGUAUGACGGUAACAACGGGUACCCAUACGGUACCUGCAGUGCGUACACCUGUGCCCCUCCCAGCAGCGACGAGCUUGAGGCAGACGACGACUACUGGAUCUUCUACUGGAGUGAUGAGGGAAGUGAGAGCGGGUACGGGACGGGCUGUAUCAAGGACCCGAACACGGGCGAGUGUGGGUGUGAGAACUCGGACGGGACGUUUGUUGCUUGA